CCUUAAAACCAAGUGCAACAUAACCAACCAUAACCUACAUAACCUUGCAUGGAUUAACAUAACGUUAUUCUUUUCACAUGUCGCUGCUGUGGGUCGCUGCAGGACAAGUGUAUUAGUUUUGGCUGCAGGUCGUCCAUCUGUGUUUUGGCUGUUGGUUUCGCACUGGGAGCCAGAGGACUGUUUUCGGGUUUACUCGGGAUACGGCGGAAUAUUUAAAAUGUUCCUUUUCAUUCUUAAAUCUUGUCAUCAGAUGGGUUAACCGAAGAAUGCAAACUCAGUUAUACAUGUAUAUAUAUAUAUAUAGUAGUUCAGGAAUAAAACGGAGUAGAAAACAUAGAAGUUGGAGUAAAGUAGUAAAAUCACAUUAAUAGUAGUAGAUCUACUCCGAUCGGAGCAGCUGGGAGCAGCAGUGGCAACCCUGGGCUGGAAUUGUUUGAUUGUUUGUCAGUUGUCGAGGCAUCCUGAGGAUUUUUCUGUCAUUUAACCAACAGAGAAAUAGUAUGCUGAACGCAGCAUUUCGCAUGUGCCCAACCUGGUUAGAAACCAAACUCACCUCUGCAUAUUUUAAGGUACAAAGUAUUUCAACGAAUGGUUCUAGACAUCUUCGUACAGUUCCUAUUCUCGUGAAUCACUACAACAUGAAAGUCGAGAUAUUACCAGCAUUGGAAGACAAUUAUAUGUAUUUGAUCGUGGAUGACGAAACUAAAGAAGCAGCUAUUGUAGAUCCGGUAGAUCCUGAUUCGGUCAUAUCUGCUGUUGAACAAAGUAAUGUUAAUCUUACCAAAGUCUUCACAACCCACCAUCAUUGGGAUCAUGCCGGAGGCAACAAAGCCCUGUGCAAAAAAAUGAAGAAUCUUGAAGUGUACGGUGGAGACGAUAGGAUCGAUGCCCUCAACCACAAGGUUGAACAUGGGUUUACUUUUAUGCUUGGAAAAUUAAGUGUUCGGUGUCUGGCAACACCCUGUCACACGACUGGUCACAUUUGUUAUUAUGUCUCAGGAAAUGGAGAAGAUCCAGCAGUGUUCAGUGGUGACACACUUUUUGCAGGAGGGUGUGGUAGGUUCUUCGAGGGCACAGCUGAACAGAUGUAUCAAGCACUUGUGGAAGUCUUAGGGAAGCUACCGGAUAACACGAAAGUUUACUGUGGUCACGAAUAUACUGGGCAGAAUUUAAAAUUCGGAAUUCAUGUAGAACCAGAAAAUAAAGCGAUUCAGAAGAAAAUCGAGUGGGUUCAAGAGCAGAGGAAAAUGAAAAAACCUACGGUACCCAGUACUAUCGAGGACGAAAAGAAGACCAACCCUUUUAUGAGAGUUCAUGAAUUGGCAGUGAUGGAACAUGCCAAACAGUCCGAUCCGAUACAGACCAUGGCAGCAUUACGAAAAGAAAAGGAUAAUUUCAAGGGAUAGAUAGGUGGUAGAACCUUACGAUUACUUGCACAAGAAUAUUAGUACUUUUUUUACUGUUUAUAAAUCAAUAAGACUUCUGUUUCGAUUGACCAAGCCGUAAUCAAAUUACAGCUUAAAUAAAUGCUUUAACUUUAUUAGAUACAAAGUGAUGCAAAGAGCUCCGUUAUUUCUUGAUAUGAGAACUUUAUCAAUUAAUUGUUCCAUUUCGCAUAAACUUUUUACACUUUGGUCAGUUAAACUCAGAUUAAAUGACUGUGAAGGCUUACUUAUAAAGAUAACUUAACUCUUACAUAUCAAGCAGCGAUCGUUCAUUUACAAACACACAUAUUUACAAUUAAAUUCGCAUUGCUACGUCACGCUUACAGAUGUCGGAUUGGGUAUGUCUUCCGAUUUCUUAUUGUAAAUUUGCAUUUCAGCUACAUAUUUCUCCUUGGAGCGUUCGUACAUAUCGUAGUAGACCUGUAACGAUGUAAAUAAAAGAUGGAAGAUAUAAAA